UAUUUAAAUCAUCAUCACUUUUCCUUUCUCUUCAGUUAACAAACAUGGCUAUUCAUGGGAAUCAAGAUUCAGCUUCUGAAGGCAUUCUUGAGAACGUGUGGGCUAAAAUCAUUGACAGCAAUAAUGGAUCACAAUGGAAAGAACUUCCUAAUCUAGAUGGAAGAGAAGAGUCUAUGGAAGUUCUGAGAAGACUUCCUAGUUUAGGAAGAUGGAUAUCAAUGGGAGCUGAUUUCUGGGAAGAAAUCUUAGAUGGGUUUCCAGAUUGUCACAGUAAAAGUGCUGAAAUUUGCAGUGCCUUUGAAAGCAAUAAGAAGGUUGAAGAAGAACUAGAAGAAGAAGAAGAAGCAGUGAGAGUGAAAGCAGAGAAGAAGGUAGCUGCAAAACACUUCAGAGGAGUGAGGAGAAGGCCAUGGGGGAAAUACGCAGCAGAAAUCAGAGACUCAUCAAGGAAAGGAGCUAGGGUUUGGCUUGGAACUUUUGACACAGCUGAGGAAGCAGCUUUGGCUUAUGAUAAGGCUGCUUUGAGAAUUAGAGGCCAAAAGGCAUGCCUGAAUUUCCCACUUGAGACUGUUUCAAAGGCCUCAUCAGGAUUUGACCAGAAAGGAAACUGUCAAGAAAAUUUCCGCAGUUCCACAAAGAGAAGGUGUAGGGAGACAGAUGCGCUUGCUGGUGUGAUGAAUGAAGAACGUGCAAAGAAGAAAAUGACAAGCUUGGGAGGGGUGACAGGGAAUGAAGAUGAUGUUUUUGAGUUUCAGGACCUGGGAAGUGAUUAUUUAGAAAGCUUGUUAUCUUCCUUUUGAGAGAAUAGUGACAACAGGCUAGCUAGAAAUAUUGAAGCAAUUUUCCUGAACAUAUAAGCACAUACUUUGAUAUUCAUAUUGUAAAAAACGCAUGUCAAAUGAUCUGUAACUGUAAUAUCAAUAGUAGAAGUAUUGCAUAUUUGUAUU